AAACUUAAGGAAGUCUCACUGCGACAUAGACUCAGUAGUGCUAUGACUGGAGGUGGAUUUUGGAUACUGUAGCUGUGUUACACCUGAGUGUUAGAAGUACCUCAGCUUGAAUCAUCUACCACAGCGUAACCAUGUAUAACACCGGCUACAAAAGUGGCUAUUCAGAAGCCAAACUGGGAUGGUCAGCCAAGAAAAUGCACAGACCAGAGGAGAAAGGUUGUGGUUACUACAUGAAGAUGAUCUUCUUCUUUUCCUCGCUGAUCCAGUCUCUCAUCAUUGUCAGUCUGGUGCUCUUUCUGGUUUAUGGACAGCCGGAGCAGACGAUAGAGGAGAAGAGAGUCCAGGAUUUGGAGAAAAGUUAUAAUAAACUAAGUAUGGAGAAAACAGCUCUUCAAGACAAAGAGAAGAACCUCACCAAGCAACUGAAUCUCACUCUUACAGCCAAGACGGCUGUUGAAAAAGAUUUGAAGAUAUUACGUGACCUGGCAAAAAAUUCAUCCAUUAAUAUAAAUUUGUUGCAAACCAAAUUGAACCUGUGUGAGACAGACAAAAGGACAGUUGUGAAUACCAUUUGUCCACCCAGCACUUAUGCAGAGAGAUGUGCAUUUAUGCUUCAGAGAUCUGAUGAAAUAGUGAAACUUGUCAAGGUGAACUUCACCGAACAAAUGGCUACAAUGAAACGUAACCUCGAAAACAGCAACAAAGAAAAACUGCAGUAUCAUCUGCAAGUGAUUGAACUGCGGCGGAACAAAAACUCCCUUGAAGAAACGCUUAAAAAUUAUGAGAAAUCAUGUAAGGAGGAUUUCGUCAAUUCCUUACAGGGAAUCCCCAACGUCACCAGGGAGUUCCUUAAAAAAGUCGAUGAAUUGUUCAUGAAGCACGAAUCCUUCCAGCUGACGUGUGACAAACAAAGCACGAAACUUGAAGACAUCCGUGUAAAUUGCAGCAGCCUGUCAAGAGAGGUGGAGAACAAGCUUCAGACAUAUCUGGACAAAGUCGGGAGUCAGGUCUCGUCCAUUCUAGGUGCGAAUGCCAAAUACCAAACACAAAACAAACUACUGACAGAAGAUGCCGCUUGGUGCAAGAGGAAUCUCAGUGCCACUGUGGAGGAGAACCAAAAGGUUCUCAAGCAAACUCAGUUGAAGUAUGACGAAGAAACGGAGAAGCUCCUGCUGAAGGUCAGACACCUGAGUGUAAAUAGCGAACUUCAAGAGAAUCUACUGUCUGUGAAGGAAAUCGACAUUAAAAUGCUUAACGAGAACGUCAAGAACCUCAAUGCGUCUUUGACCAUUUGUAAGACAACACAAAAAUUUGCUGGAAGGUCCACCGCUUUCCAAUGGCCAAGUUCACAGAUGAAUGGACUUGGUACCAUUGGGCAAAAUUCAUUAGGACUAGCCAAUGCAGGUUCAAGCGGUACUAGUCAACUUGGUCGAGCAGGUUUGGUUGGAUCGACAGGGUUUAACAGUGCAGGAUCAAGUGGAACAUCCUUGAUCAAAACAUCCGCAUUUGGAGCAGGAACCAGAGUAAGCGACCAACAGUCGUUAACACAAAUCACUCAGCACUUGCGAGAGCUUCAACGAUAUGCAAAAACAGACUGAAGGGACCAGAGACCAGUGCAAAGAUCAAACUUGUAUAUGGAAUAUAAUAAUAGUUUAUACCACAGUGCUGCUGACAUCUCCAAUCAGAAUUUUCAGGAGGUGAUGAAUACUUUUCUAUAAUAGCAGCUCUGACAGUAGUGCCAACUACCAAUCAAAUAACAGCUUUAUAUUAAUGCUUUGUCGUUUAUAUAAUAAGAACUCAUAUUGUAAAGGGGGCACUCCACAUAAUCUAAGUCAUAAUCUCGAGUCUGAUGGAAAGCAUAUAAUCAUUGAUAUGGUGAAGUUUUAUUAAUGUUUACAUAACAUUUGUGGAAGAAGUCUCAGGUUUUCAAUGCUUUGUAACAGUAAAUCUUCCUCCACGGGAGAGUCUUCAGAACAGACCAAGCAAACAGACAACACUUUCUGGUUUCUUGAGAACAAGUUGAGGGCUUUUUGUCUUUUUAACUACAAGAAAAAGAAAAGAUGAGAUGCUGGUAGGGUAACAACUGUUUAUAGCUAUGUUAAUGUACAUAAUAACCAGGAACUAACAAGUUCAAUAACAUGACUAUAUAAGUUUAAAAUGCUCUACAUGUUGUUCAAUAAUAGAUUAAACACUUUUAGACAUACUGUUAUAGGAAAAUAAUCAACUUCAGGGUAGUAACAGCAUUACACCCAGUCACACACUGUUUUGUUUUUAUUCCUUACUUAAAUAAUGGCUUAUAAUGUGCAUAUUUUAAUGCAUUAUCUACAGAUGUGCUAUUAUUCUUAUGAUGUUAAAAAUUGUAUUUGACUUGCAUGACAGGAAGAAUGGAAUCCUUUCAAUAUAAAGUUAUAAAACCUUUAAGUUAGACUACUUGUGAUCUUGUACUUAUUUGGCAGGGUUCAUGUAUUUCUUCAUGUAUGACAAAAAAAUACAACAAUAAUAAAAGCACAAAUGAAAACGCA